GAAUUUUGAAAUUACCUAACCUUGGGGGACGCAAAUUGUAUAUAGUUAGGCGUUACAGUGAGGAGAUAUCGUAAAUUUGGUUUAAAAUUGCUCUUAGUCUGCAAUUAACUCUAGGUAUAAAGUGCUUUAGUAACUAAAGGUUGAUUAAGUUGCGAUGUUUAGCAGGUUUUGGCAUUACAUCCCCAAAAUUUUGUUGAUUUCCCCAAGCUUUGGGGAAAACCCCAAAAUAGGGAGAUUAGGUAAAUUCCGAGGACUCAAGAUAGUACGUCAUUCUACUUGACUAAUAUUUAUAUUUUGCAUCUUAUGUGGUGGGACUAUGAGUUUUGAAGGGACUAAUGAGGUUAAAGUUAAAACUACUUGAUUAUUCGCACGAACUUCAAUCCAUCUGAAUAGAUAGCAUUUUGGCAUUAUAGCUGAUGUCGGUUGGUGAUAGAAAACAUGACUUGAGUCGUUGGCUUUAAACACAAACACCUAGUCGUAGUUCCUCACAUUCAUUUUUAAACUUUUCCUGGUCCUAGUAAUUGGUUGAAGUCUUUCUAGUCCACCUUAAUUUCACUUUAAGGUCUUCCAUAAAUUAUAGUCUCACCACUUCUUUUAUUCCAUUCACAAGGACUUGGAUUGUUAUCACUAAUUUCAAGAUAUCCUAGUAUGAGCUUGCAAAUGUUAUGAUAUUUGCAGUGCAUUAUGAUGCUCUGUCGCUCUUGGAUAUGGGUCUUUUGUCGGUGAAAGCUUCGAUUAGACGAAAUGUCUUUUGUGACCACUUUCUCUGUAUUCCAUUUUUAUGUUAAUAUUUCAAGAUAGAUCUAGACGACUUUCCUAAAAUUCAUAUCGAUUGGCAUAUCCUGGAGUCCACUUAAAGUCCCCGUUCACCCCUAGUUUUAAUGCUUGUUGAUAAUGUAGUAGGUUUAAAAUCAGGGCAAGCAAAUAGAAAUUUCUCAUGAGCUCAUAUAGUCAUUGAAUAGCUUCGUGAAUCGUGCUGUCGUGCUCGGGCCUUUCUAGUUGAAGCUCAUGUGAUAUUCAGGAUCCACGGUUGAAGGCGUUAUGUGAUAUACCGCAAGAUCAGUCGCAACGGUGCUUUAGCAUUCCUUAUGAUAUGGAUCAUGAGUCAAGUUUGAUUAGUCAUUUGUUAUUCUUUGAUUUAAUUUCAUCCCUUAGUGCUGUAUCUCCUAAUUUUUGAUACUCGUCCAAGGAGGUUCAGUUCUUUUACUCAUUUUAUCAGCUUCCUUUAUAACUGGUCUGACGUGGUGUGUGGCAACUUAAACCUAUACACAUCCGUGGUCAGGCGUACGUUUAUGCUAAGAAACAGACUAAAUGAAAUUUCUCGAUCAAUAAAAACAACUUACACCGCAUUCAACAUUAUUAUUCAGAACACACAUCAUCUAUUAGCAGAUGGAAUUUUAUUUCAUUCGUUUUUAAAUCAUACUUUAUUUGUUCUGGGUAAACAUUCUAAUGCGUUCAACAACACGUUCAUUCAUUAGGAUUUUUCAUGGUGGCACAGGAUUUAUGACGUGUUGAAAAUUCUGGCGUGUCCAGCGCCAUUUUAUCAAUAGUAUCCGAAAGUGAAUGUUUCAUUAUUACAUUGAUCAACCUCAUCUAUUCAAAUUAUGGCAUAUUCAAGUCGUGAUGAUAAUUUAAUAGUACCAAAUUACGCAUUAGAUACAAGUCUAGCCACAAACAAAUUACGUAUCACUAUACAAAUUCAUGGCUUAAAAUCGUCAACUAUAUUAGAAUUUCAUAAAAAACUUAUUCCCAAACUUUACAAAAAAGCAUCAAAUGGUGAAAUAGUAUUUCAUCUAAGUAAUGAUGGUUUUCUGUUUGAAUUUCAUGGGCUUGAUACUUUAAAAGACUGUAAUUAUCGACUUCAUGUUAACAAAUUACCGGGCACACUAGAUAAUAAACGGUCACAAUUGAUUAUACGUGAAGAUGCUGUGGAAAUUAUUCUCAUAAAAAUUGACAAUAGUUCAUGGUCAUCUGUUAUAAGUGAGGGUUUACAUAUUAUUGAGAAUGAGAAGAAGUAAUCUUUUUAUGUGAUAAUAAGUUCUUUUUUUCGAAGACAUUCCAGCUUAUAAUAAAUACUGCUUUUCAAUUUGCCUACUUUUCCUACCAGGUUUUAGGUAAAUGUAAAUAAUUUAUUUGAUUUCCGG